CCACCCAACACCCUCAGCGCCAUCAUGUCACCCGCAAUGCAGAGGAAGAAGAACGACUUGGGCGCCGGCUUGAAGGUCUCGAAGCAAAAUGUCCAAGACCACCCAGCCGGCCCACCCAGAUACGGCGAACUGUCGACUGCUGAGCGGGCAUUUACACUAGCUUCGACGUUUUUAUCUGGAGUUCUCGCGAUAAGUGCAUCUCAGUUCAUGGGUGCGCCUCUGAAGCUCAUUGACCCUGUCUUCUAUGAGGGCUACAUGGCCUAUACCAAAGAAUGCUUUGCCGUUUUGAUCACGUGUCUGACACAGUGGUGGGCCCCGACCGUGGUGCGUGUCAGUGGUGACUCGAGCAUGCUCGGCCAGCUCAUUCGCAGAAAAGACGGGAGUUUGCAGUGCAAUUUCUCCGAUCGCAUGUUGCUCAUGGCGAACCACCAGCUGUACACCGAUUGGCUAUACCUUUGGUGGAUCGCCUACACCAACAACAUGCAUGGCUUCGUCUACAUCAUUCUCAAGGAGUCCUUGAAGAAUAUUCCCAUCAUCGGCUGGGGAGCUCAGUUCUACAAUUUCAUCUUUCUUGCGCGAAACUGGGAGGAAGAUCAGAAACGAUUCAAGACGCACCUCGCCCAACUCAACAAGCCGAAUGAUCCCAUGUGGCUCGUCAUCUUUCCCGAAGGAACCAAUCUCUCCGCAGUGACUCGGGAGAAGAGCCAGAAAUGGGCGAAGAAGAAUGGCCUGCAAGACAUGAAGCAUCAACUACUGCCUCGAAGCACCGGCUUGCGAUUUUGUUUACAAGAACUCAAGGAGACGACAGAGUGGCUGUACGACUGUACAAUCGCAUAUGAAGGUGUACCACCUGGGCAAUUCGGUCAAGACAUAUUCACCCUUCGUUCGUCGUACUUCGAAGGUCGACCACCAAAAUCCGUCAAUAUGCAUUGGCGCCGCUUCCACAUUGACUCUAUCCCCAUUGGUAAUGCAAAGGCAUUUGAGGUGUGGCUUCGCAACCGUUGGCGAGAGAAGGACUACAUGCUCGAGUACUUUCAACGUCACACCCGGUUCCCUGCCGAGGAGUUCUGGAAGGAUCAUCUAGACAUGGGCGAUCGCAGCUCGCAAAGUCAGAGCAUAAGAUCUGUGCCUCGACCGGCCAUCACCAUCGAGACCGAAGUGAAAUCUGGUAGCUGGAACGAAUUCGUCAAGAUCUUUGCACCUAUAACUAGUGUUAUGAUGGCCUUAUCGGUGGCAUACGGUGUCUCUCCCAAAGAUAUACCCAUUCCCGGCGGCACAGAGUUCUUUGAGAAUCACAUGAAAGCACUGUUGGGAAAUGGCGAGAUGAAAGGCCUUCCUUCGCCUGACGACCUCGAGAAAAUGAUCAUGGGAGCUGCGAAUUUAGGAGCAAAGCAGGCGGCAGGCCCACAUGAACAGAGUCAAGUGCAGCAGCUCACACAAGAGAAUCUAGCAAAGCUGGUGAAAGAGACAGCGAUGCAGAACGGAAUAGGCCUACCAAGAGGAGUGCCGCGGUCGGUGCCCACCAAAGCGCCAGGUGCAUCCCCAACCAUUCGGAACAAUCCCAAACCGAAAGCAAAAACACUCCAAAACGCACCUACCAGAGCAGUGAAGAAGCCCGGCAAUGUCAAAACCGCUGCGAAACUAGGACAAGCCAAAGUAUCAUCUCCUCUGACGAUAGGAGCCCGAUCAAACACAGCCGUAAAGAAGAUUCCGCAAAAGCCUGUUCAGUCAACUGAAACUCAGGAAGUCACCACAAAAUCCGGGGUCAAGAUCAAGAUUCCGAAGACACAGCUAGAAGAGGCUAAGAAGACGGGUACCACCGUGGUAACAGCAAACGGGCUCUCCAUUCGGGUCGGCAAGAAAGAAAUUGAAGAGGCACAGAAGAGCAAAGGGGCUACUAUCAUGACUUCCUCGGGCGUACCACUCAAAAUCACACCUAGCGGAGCCGCUACAAUCGAAGCUCCCAAAACGACAAAUCCUGCUAACGGACCGAAAUAUGUUUUCAAGCCUAGUGUUUCCAAUCAGCCUCACACUAAUAAGGCCAGAAGCCCUGCUAUUGCUUCAGGGACGGGGGAAAAGACAACUCCCGCUCCAUCCGGUACUGCAAGUACUGCACAGAAGGGAAGCUCUGCCACAAGGAAGCCAGCUCCUCUCGCUCCAAAUAAACCCUCAGCGCCAAGGAAGUUGGGGACUUGAGAAUAGCUAGGUGUAUAUUAUACCGCCCGUUUGGUACGUUCCCAAUUCUGCACAGAAGCAACAUCUCAAGUCACUGGCGGGCUGGCUCGCCGGCAGUCUUGCGCCCUGUUGAUGCUAUUCAUAUACUUGUGGCCUUUAUGCCGUUUCUUUUUGGUCUAGUGGAGGUGAUCUUGUUAUACAUGGGAGUUUGGGCAAUGAGCGUAACUGGUCGCGUGUCGUCGAAGUUCUUUCUAAAUAUUUGUACAUAUACCAUGCCUUCCUAACUUACAUGUAUAUGAGUUAAUACACAAGCUUUUUACACAGAAGAUUAUCCGAGCUUUCUAAGUGUUGUCUAAGUUAAAAGAAUCGCCUACAACAUGAAUGCAGUUCUGAUAUCCUGUGGCAUCAAACGUGACGCUGCCAACUUCUGUCCAAGGGUCCUCUGAUGUUGCGGUGGCAUGCAGGUUCGUUCAGCCACACAUAAUACAAGGGGGUAAAAAGUUAGACAAUGACGGCUCGGGAGGAUAGUGUACCAAAGACACACUUGCAAAUCAAAUCCAGCGGACAUGAAUUUU